AUGCUUCCCGAGCCCUCUCAACAGAAAAAGCGGAAGGUGACCAUUUCCCCAAGAUUUGAAGAAAAGGUGAUUGCGUCACCCCAAGAAGAAAGGUCCCCUUCUCGCAAAAGCCAAACCCCGCCACCUCAACCUAGAGAAAACUCUCCCUCUAACAAAAAUGAUGAUCAUAAGGAGUCUCUUAGGCUGAGUGUUGAUCUCAACAAGCGCCCUCCAGCCUUUGAGAAGCCCCCUACUCCUGAAGAUUACCCUCUUCCUAUCUCUCCCAUCGCAUCAAGAUUACCAACACCACCACCCUCCCCUAAAUCCAAAUCUAGUCCACCACGUACCACGACUAAUGACCCAAGCUUGCCAAUGCCUACACUAGAAAUAGGUGGCAGAUCAAGCAUUGGCGAGCUAGUGAGCGUCAGACCAACGAAGGAAUCCAGUGCGAUGACACCAACGCUCCAGAGGAAAUUGACUCUGACGAUGAAUGGUACAAAUUCCUUCACGAUGACCUCCGAGAACCAAUCUUAG